GGGGGUGGAGGGUUAGUUACUAGGAAGUAGGUUUCCUAUUUCCCUUAAAAGAUAAGACAGAGUGAAUCAGUCCCUGAGUGCCGAGAAGAAGAGAGAACCCUGGAGGAAGAUCCUAAUUGGCAAUCCUGUCUUACCAUGAGACUCUCUCUGCUACUUUCUGGUAUCUUGCUGGGGCUGCUGGCAGACCAGGGGGCUGGGGAUAAGUGUCCCCAUAAGAAGUCUGUUACACUGGUGCCAUCCUUCACGGUGUCGACCAUAGCCACCGAGAGGAGUACCAGCAGCCCUGAAACCACAAGCCAUGGCAGGACAGCCACAACCCACUGGACCUCCACAGCUGCCACUAGCCCCCACAGCAACAGAACUGCUACCACUAAUCCAACCACAAGUGAAGGAACAGCUAUCACUCGUGGAACUACCACAGGCCCCAGAAACAUCUCAACCAUCAGUCCGUCACAGUCUGUGCCAGUCCCGCCUUCCCCCAAACCCACCUCCAGCCCCACUGGAGCUGUUGGAGACUACAUCGGUGCCGAUGGUUCCCAGCUCUGUGUUCGCCUCCGGGCUCAGAUCCAGAUGAGGGUCCUAUACCAGAGCCAUGCUGGAGGAAAGCUCUGGGGCAUGUUUGUCCUGAACCCCAACAGAACAAUUGCUCAGGGAAGUUGUGAGGGGAACCACUCUGGCCUAAUUCUCUCUUUUCCUGAUGGAAAGCUCAUUUUUGGUUUCAAGCAGGACUCAAUCAAGAAAACUGUCUACCUGAGCAGCUUGGCAACAGAGUUCAAUGUGUCUUUCCCCUCUACAACCUGGUGGACAUUCUCAGCAGAGAAUUCAUCACUCCAAGAUCUCCAAGCACCACUGGGUCAUAGCUUCAGUUGUAGAAAUAGAAGUAUAGCCCUCUCCCCAGAAAUCCACCUCGACCUGCUAUCUCUGCAGCUACAGGCAGCUCAGCUACCCCCGACUGGGAACUUUGGUGCAGCUUUCUCCUGCUCUGCUGAACCCAGCAUCUCAGUGCCUCUUGUGGUGGGCCUUGUCCUGCUCAUUCUGCUCCUCCUUGUGCUCAGUGCCUUCUGCAUUACCCGAAGACGCCCACCAGCCUACCAGCCUCUCUGAAAGCUCCUGCAUUCCCUUAUUCCCUUCAUGCUGGGUAUAUCCCUAUACCAUACUUUCACCCCAAGGUGACUCUUUCACUCUUCUUUCUCUGACUUCUCUACCAUGUUAGUUCUAGGAUAGAUCUGCAAUUCCCUUCUAUCUCAGGCAGGAAAGGCUUGAAAAAAAACAAAAGGUGAGACAUCGUGGGCAAUGAGAGUCAGGACCAUAUGAGAUAUAUGCAUUUUCCUUAACUUUUUUACUCCUCUACUUCUGCAAUGAUUAAAGAUCAGAAUUGCUUUGC